AAGUCAUUUUCUUUCUUAUCUUCAAAAAAAAAAAAAAAGUCAUUUUCUCUCCUCUCUCUGCUUUCCUUUUUUCCGUCGCUUUUUCUCUGAAUAUAAUCUACAGAAUUGAGGGAUUCAUCUUACUUCUCCCUGAUUUAUUCCAUGAUAAACCCAAGAUAUUUAGAAAUUCAUACCAUUGCUGCUUCGUUCUUUCUUUGAUAAUCCUGAUUUCAUUGAUUCUUUGAGUUUGGGCACUGUGAUUUUGGCGAAUUGAGGAAGUCACUGUAAAUGUUUUAAAGGGAGUUUAAAAUUCACUAUUCGGCUAUAGUGCAACAGGUGCAAAUCUUGCAGUAAUGGAGAUUCCUGAUAGUGAUGGAGGACUACGUGUGCAAGCAGAACAUGUCUAUAGAAAACCGGAGAAGUCUCGCCUUGGUUUGGAUACCCUCGCUCUGGCAAAAAGGAGUGAAUCAAAAUUAGAUGGUGGUUUUAAGGUUCCCAGGGUUAUGACAUCAUCUCUUGAUGAAGAAGGGAAGUCAACUGUGACUGAUGUUGACGAAGAUGGGGUUGUAGCAGAUGGAAGUGUGAAACGGGCUCAGGCAAGAAGAUAUCGUGAUGCUUCUCAUUUUGAAAGUACAGUUUCUCAAGAAGAUGAAGUCCAUGAUAGGUUUGACAUGCAUCACUCUAAAGAGCGUAUCCGCUCUGAAGUCUAUUCGAACCCUGACAAGGAUGGUUCGGAAGAUCACUCUAGAAGUGAAAGUAAUAGAGGGGUGCAUAGACGUGGUGAUAGCAAACAUUGGGGUCAUGGUGUAGGGCAUGAACGGCACGGCAGAACCUCUAGUGGUGGGCGCAAUGACAGAGGAUAUGACAGAGACUCUAGUGGUAGACAACGUGAUAGAGACUCUAGUAGUAGACAAUAUGACAGGGAGUACAAUGGAGAUCAUGAUAGAAAAAGAAGCAGAUAUGAAGGAUAUAGGAGAACUCCUGGUAGAUCAGAGUGGGAUAAUGGGAGAUGGGAAUGGGAGGAGACACCGCGUCAUGAUGGUCACCAUAAUCCUAGCCAACGAUAUCAGCCUUCACCAUCCCCAAUGUUUAUUGGGGCAUCCCCUGAUGCAAGAUUGGUUUCACCUUGGCUAACACCACGUUCUGGAUCUUAUGCUUCCCCAUGGGAUCAUGUGGCGCCUUCACCUGUCCCCAUCCGAGCUUCUGGACCCUCCGUCCGAUCAUCCACUUCUCGGAAUGAAGGGAGGUCUUAUAAUCCAAGGCGUUCCACUGGUGAUUCAGAAAGAUCAGAGGAUAUGGAUACCGAUGGAAGCCCUACAGCUAUAGAAUAUAAUUCUGAAAUCACGGAAGAUAUGCGUUUGGAAAUGGAAUACAAUGCAGAUCGUGCGUGGUAUGAUAGAGAGGAUGGCAGCACUGUGUAUGAUGCCGAGAACUCAUCCUUCUAUUUUGGCGAUGAUGCUGCGUACCAGAAGAAAGAAGUGGAAUUGGCGAAACGACUGAUGAGAAGCGACGGUACCAUGAUGUCACGCGCUCAGAGCAAGAGGCAUUCACAGCUGAGUGCAGACAAGCAAAAUUGGGAGGAUCGUCAACUGUUGAGGUCAGGUGCUGUUCGAGGUACUGAGGUUCAAACUGAAUUUGAUAAUGAAGAGGAGAACAAGGUUAUUCUACUAAUUCAUGAUACAAAACCUCCAUUCUUGGAUGGCAGAGUUGUUUUUACUAAGCAGGCAGAGCCUGUAAUGCCUCUAAAAGAUCCAACGUCAGAUAUGGCUAUCAUAUCGCGUAAGGGAUCCGAUUUAGUACGCGGAGUUCGAGAAAAACAAAGCAUGAACAAAUCACGACAACGAUUUUGGGAGCUUGCUGGUUCAAAACUUGGUGAUAUCCUCGGUGUUGAGAAAACAGCAGAACAGAUUGAUGCCGAUCAAGCUAAAGUUGGUGAAGAUGGGGAAAUUGAUUUUAAAGAAGAAGCAAAAUUCGCUCAACAUCUGAAGAAGGAUGAAGCGGUGAGUGACUUUGCAAAGACAAAAACCAUGGCUGAGCAGCGACAAUAUCUUCCCAUAUAUUCUGUACGAGACGAACUUUUACAGGUUAUUCGCGAGAAUCAGGUGGUAGUGGUUGUUGGAGAGACAGGUUCAGGAAAGACGACCCAAUUAACGCAGUACCUGCAUGAAGAUGGCUACACUUCAUACGGAAUUGUUGGAUGCACGCAACCAAGGCGUGUUGCUGCUAUGAGUGUUGCUAAAAGGGUCAGUGAAGAAAUGGAAACUGAUCUUGGAGAUAAGGUUGGAUAUGCUAUCCGUUUUGAGGAUGUUACGGGACCAAACACCGUAAUUAAGUAUAUGACUGAUGGAGUACUUCUUCGUGAAACACUUAAAGAUGCUGAACUUGAGAAAUAUCGUGUUGUUGUGAUGGAUGAGGCACAUGAGAGAUCACUUAACACGGAUGUGCUGUUUGGCAUAUUAAAGAAGGUGGUUGCUCAACGUCGAGAUUUCAAAUUGAUUGUGACCUCAGCUACUCUCAAUGCCCAGAAAUUUUCACUUUUCUUUGGAAGUGUGCCAAUUUUCCAUAUUCCUGGACGAACAUUUCCUGUCAACAUCUUGUACAGCAAAACACCUUGUGAAGACUAUGUUGAAGCUGCAGUCAAACAAGCAAUGACUAUCCAUAUAACCUCCCCGCCUGGUGACAUCCUGAUAUUUAUGACUGGACAGGAUGAAAUUGAGGCAGCAUGUUAUGCUCUUGCGGAGCGCAUGGAACAGCUCAUUAAUUCAACUCAGAAGGCAGUUGCAAAGCUCCUAAUUCUUCCUAUUUACUCCCAGCUUCCGGCAGAUUUGCAGGCAAAAAUAUUCCAAAGAGCUGAAGACGGAGCCCGAAAAUGCAUUGUAGCUACCAACAUUGCUGAAACAUCUCUGACUGUUGAUGGUAUCUUUUAUGUCAUUGACACAGGCUAUGGUAAAAUGAAGGUCUAUAACCCAAGAAUGGGUAUGGAUGCACUUCAAGUCUUUCCAGUCAGUCGUGCUGCUGCCGACCAGCGUGCUGGACGUGCUGGUAGAACUGGUCCAGGUACUUGUUACAGACUGUAUACAGAGAGCGCAUAUUUGAAUGAAAUGCUUCCAAGUCCUGUACCUGAGAUUCAGAGGACUAACCUUGGCAAUGUUGUUUUGCUUCUGAAAUCCCUCAAAAUUGAGAAUUUAUUAGACUUUGAUUUCAUGGAUCCACCCCCACAGGAGAACAUCCUUAACUCCAUGUACCAACUCUGGGUGUUGGGUGCCCUCAAUAAUGUUGGUAGCCUGACUGAGCUCGGUUGGAAAAUGGUGGAAUUUCCAUUGGAUCCUCCUCUGGCAAAGAUGCUUUUAAUGGGUGAAAAGCUUGAAUGUCUCGAUGAGGUGUUGACUAUUGUCUCCAUGCUUUCAGUUCCAACUGUGUUUUUCCGUCCUAAAGAUAGAGAAGAAGAGAGUGACGCUGCUAGGGAGAAGUUCUUUGUUCCCGAGUCAGAUCACUUGACCCUUCUCAAUGUGUACCAGCAAUGGAAAAGCAACGACUAUCGCGGGGACUGGUGUAAUGACCAUUUUCUACAAGUUAAAGCUUUACGUAAGGCUAGGGAGGUGAGAUCCCAACUUAUGGAUAUUCUGAAACAACUAAAGAUAAAACUUACAUCAACCCCCGACUGGGAUAUUGUUAGACAAGCUAUAUGUUCUGCGUAUUUCCACAAUUCAGCGAAGCAGAAGGGGAUUGGUGAGUACGUUAACACAAGGAACGGUAUGCCGUGCCAUUUGCACCCAAGCAGUGCUCUCUAUGGCUUGGGGUACACGCCAGAGUAUGUCGUCUAUCAUGAGCUACUUCUGACCACAAAAGAGUACAUGCAGUGUGUCACCUCUGUGGAGCCCCAUUGGUUAGCAGAGUUGGGGCCCAUGUUCUUCUCAGUGAAAGAAUCGGACACAUCAUUGUUGGAGCACAAAAAGAAACAGAAGCAAGAAAAGACGGCCAUGGAGGAAGAGAUGGAGAAUUUAAGGAAAGAGCAAGCCGAGGCAGAGAGAAGAAGGAAGGAGAAGGAAGAAGAGAAAAGAGCCCAAAAACAACAGCAAAUUGCAAUGCCAGGGUUACGUCGUGGUGGUUCUACUUACAUUAGACCCAAAAAGAUGGGUUUGUAAAUAAAUAAACACUAAUUGUGGUUCACAAUUUUACAUGUACAAUGUACAAAUUUAGUUAUUAGCCACAGAUAGAAUGUCAUUCUGUUUUAUCAGGAGUAACGCUUUGAUGUAUUUGAUCCAAGUUUUGAUCAUUGUUAUUCAUUCCUCAAGUUUUGCACCUUUUAUCUAUA